GCUCCAAGGAGAGAAGUGCGUCCGGAAGGAAUCCUAUCUGCAAAUUUCAUUAGGCUCGUCCCUCUUUAGGCUCUUUCGUUCUUUUCUUUCUCAGUUCUCUCUGCGUGGCUGUGCCUGUCACAGGGAGAAACCAAUCAUCGGCGGGCCUCCAGAGCUCUCAGGCUCGGUGAAAUUUGUCAUAAGGGUGUCAGCUAUUUCUUAUUGCUGUCCAAAAAAGAAAAAAAAGUGAGAUAAAGAACUCUCUCCUGGAGCAUUUCAGGGUGCCUUCAGAGGCUCUCAGAGGUGGAGAAGGAGCUGGGAGGCAGCAUUCAAACAGCUAAAUAAAAGAUGCCCUGAGGCCGAAGGCCGACUUGGCUGGAAUUUCUGGGGGUCAGACACACGGACUCCGCCUGCUCUGCGUGCUAGCAAUUUAAGUCACUGUCUGUUGACCUUAGAACCACCGAGACCAUGCUGCUCACCUUCCUGCCCGUAGUUCUAAAGAUUAGUGUUGUCGGCAGCGUCACAGCCCAGCAGCACCGGAGCUGUCAGCCAAGUCCGGAAAGAAGCUGGACUUCCACUUGUGCAGAUCCUGCGCCCUUCCUAAUUUUCUCACAUGGAAACAAUAUCUCUCGGAUUGACCCAGAAGGAACAAAUCACCAGCAAUUGGUGGUGGAUGCUGGCAGCUCGGUGAUCAUGGAUUUUCAUUACAAGGAGGAGAGACUCUAUUGGGUGGAUUUAGAAAGACAACUUUUACAAAGAGUUUUUCUUAAUGGGUCAAGACAGGAGACAGUGUGCCAUGUAGAGAAGAAUGUUUCUGGGAUGGCCAUAAACUGGGUAGAUGAAGAGAUUCUCUGGGCACAUCAACAGGAAGGGAUCAUCACUGUGACAGACAUAAAAGGCAACAGUUCCCACGUUCUUCUGAGUUCCUUACAACGGCCAGGAAAUGUAGCAGUGGAUCCAAUAGAGAGGUUGAUAUUUUGGUCUUCUGAGGUGGCCGGCAGCCUUCACAGAGCAGAUCUCAGUGGGUUAGAGGUGAAAAUGCUGCUGGAGACACCAGAGAGGAUAGCAGUACUGACUCUGGACAUACUUGACAAGCGCCUCUUUUGGGUUCAGGACAGCGAAGAAGGAAGACAUGUUCACAUUCAUUCCUGUGAUUAUGAUGGUGGCUCCAUCCAUCUUCUCAAACAUCAACCGCAGCACAAUUUGUUUACAGUGGCUCUUUUUGGUGACCAUAUCUUCUAUUCAACAUUGAAAAAGAAGGCGAUUUGGAUAGCCAGCAAACACACUGGGAAGGACAUGGCUAGAAUUAACCUCAACCCAUCCUUCAUGCCACCUGGAGAACUGAAAGUAGUGCAUCCACAUGUACAGCCUGGGACAAAGGAUGGUGAUCGGGGCUCUGACGCGGAACUUUGCAAACAGAGAAGGGGACAGUGCCACUACAGUCCAUGCGAGCGCUAUGCCAAGUCCCACUCGUGCGCAUGCGCUGAGGGCUAUGCUUUAAGCCGAGACGGGAAGUACUGCGAAGAUGUCAAUGAGUGUGCCUUUCAGAAUCAUGGCUGUACUCUUGGGUGUGAAAAUAUUCCGGGAUCCUAUUACUGCACAUGCCCUGCAGGGUUUGUUCUGCUUCCUGAUGGGAAACGAUGCCAUGAACUUAAUUCCUGUCCAAGCAACACAUCUGCAUGCAGCCAUGGCUGUGUUCUGACAUCAGAUGGUCCCCUAUGUGUCUGUCCCAAAGGUUCAGUGCUUGGAACAGACGGGAAAACAUGCAGUGGUUGUUCAUCGCCUGAUAACGGUGGAUGCAGCCAGAUCUGUCUUCCUCUCAGCCCAGUGUCCUGGGAAUGUGGUUGCUUUCCUGGGUAUGACCUACAGUCGGACCAAAAGAGCUGUGCAGCAACAGGACCGCAGCCAUUUUUACUGUUUGCAAAUUCUCAAGAUAUCCGACACAUGCAUUUCGAUGGAACAGACUACCGAACUCUGCUCAGUCGGCAGAUGGGAAUUGUUCUUGCCCUAGAUUAUGAUCCGGUGGAAAACAAGAUAUAUUUUGCACAGAAAGUCCUGAAGUGGAUAGAGAGAGCUAAUAUGGAUGGCUCCCAGAGAGAAAGACUUAUCAAGGAAGGGUUAGACACUCCAGAAGGCCUUGCUGUGGACUGGAUCGGCCGCAGAAUCUACUGGACAGACAGUGGGAAGUCUCUCAUUGGAGGCAGUGAUUUGAGUGGGAAGCAUCAUCAAAUAAUCAUCAAGGAGAACAUCUCAAAGCCACGAGGAAUAGUGGUACAUCCAAAGGCCAAGAGACUAUUCUGGACGGACACAGGGAUGUAUCCACGGAUUGAAAGCUCUUCCCUUCAGGGUUCUGGCCGGCUGCUGAUAGCCAGCUCUGGUCUGUGGGAGCCCAGUGGAAUCACAAUUGACUACUUAACAGACACUUUGUAUUGGUGUGACACCAAGCAGUCUGUGAUUGAAAUGGCCAAUCUGGAUGGUUCCAAACGCCGAAGACUUGCCCAGAACGAUGUAGGUCACCCAUUUGCUGUAGCUGUGUUUGAGGAUCAUGUGUGGUUCUCGGAUUGGGCUAUCCCAUCGGUAAUAAGGGUGAACAAGAGGACUGGCCAAAAUAGGGUACGUCUCCGAGGCAGCAUGCUGAAGCCCUCGUCACUGGUUGUGGUCCAUCCAUUGGCAAAACCAGGUGCAGAUCCCUGCUUACACAAGAAUGGUGGCUGUGAACAUAUCUGCCAAGAGAGCUUCGGAACUGCUCAGUGUUUGUGUCGUGGAGGUUUUGUGAAAGCUCCGGAUAGGAAAAUGUGCCUUCCUCAGAACGGUGGCAACACUGAGCUAAACAAAGAGGCAACAUCGUUGGGCAACUUAACUAAGGCUGAAGUACCAGAAGAUAACAUCACAGAGUCCCCGCACACAUUAGUGGCUGAAAUCAUGGUGUCAGAUCAAGACGAUUGCGGCCCCGGGGCAUGUGGCAGGCAUGCUGUCUGUGUUUCAGAGGGAGAGACUGCUGAGUGUCAGUGUUUGGAAGGAUUUGCUAGGCAUGGAAACCUGUGUUCUGAUAUAGAUGAAUGUGCGCUGGGUAGCGCGAGCUGUCCUACCACGUCGUCCGAGUGUGUCAACACUGAAGGUGGCUACGUCUGCAGGUGCUCGGAGGGCUACGAAGGAGAUGGGACCGACUGUCUCGAUAUUGAUGAGUGCCAGCAGGGGGCGCACAGCUGUGGCGAGAAUGCUAACUGCACCAACACGGAGGGAGGCUACAACUGCACUUGCCUGGGUCUCCCGUUUGCACCCGGACUUCCUUGCCCCGGCUCUACCUUACCCCCUAUCCUUGGCGAAGAUGACCGCCAAUUGGUCAGAAAUAGUAACUCAGGAUGCCCACCGUCACAUGAUGGAUACUGUCUGCAUGGUGGUGUGUGCAUGUAUGUUGAAGCAGUGGACAGCUACGCGUGCAACUGUAUCGUUGGCUACGUUGGGGAGCGAUGUCAGCACCGAGACUUGCGAUGGUGGGAGCUGCGCCACGCUGGCCACGGGCAGGAGCGCGACAUUACUGUGGUGGCCGUCUGUGUGAUUGCGCUAGUCCUGCUGCUCCUCUUGGGGACCUGGGUGGUUUACCGCUACAGGACUCAGAAGCAGCUAUCGGAAACCACAAAGAACCCGUAUGAAGAGUCAAGCAGAAACACGAGCAAUGACGGGCCCAACUGCAGGGGAGCUGGGAUGUCUUCUUGCCCCCAACCCUGGUUUGUGGUUCUAGAGGAACACCGAGACCCCAAGGAGGGGAGUCUGCCUGUCGCUGGCCCCAAUGGCCUUGCAGUGGGUGCUGUCCUGUCUUCCAACCUGCAGCCUGGGUCAGUGGAUCCGAACUCAUGGAGACGGAAGCCCCACAUAUAUGGAAUGGGCACAGGGCAAAGCUGCUGGAUCCCACCACCAAGUGAUGAAGGUCCUCAGGAGAUGGAGGGAAAUGCCCAUUUACCCUCCUACAAGGAAUGGCCUCUAGCUCUGGGGGUUGAGAAGCUUCCUUCUCUCCAGUCAGCUAAUGGAUCCUGUCAACAAAGGGCCCCAGAUCUACCACACCAAACAGAGCCAACUCAGUGGAAGUUGAAAGUAGACAGACAGUGAAAGAACAAACCAGACCGAUAGAUGGAAUGUUCUGCUUUGAAAAGUAGAGUACUACAUGUAGAUUUGGUACUCCAAUCUCUAUGGCUAAUCCACCACUCAGUAUCCUGAACAUAGCUGCAUAGCUGUGAUUUUUGCUUCUUCCUUCAAGAAGUCCCAUGGAAGACUUUCAAAAGAAGAGUCAUGAAAAUCAUUACAAACCAAAGUCAAGAUACUCGCACGUUGUAAGCUGUGUCUUCUUCAAUAGGUGUUUUUUGCUCCUUUCCUUGUUGUCUCAGAAGAAAUGAGUUAAAGCAGGUGAUCACACAUUUUGUCAGUUGCAAAAUAAUUUAUAUGAUCUACACAAAAGCCUUAGCUCAAUCCCAUAAAAUGGUUGGACCAUUAUAACUAUUGCUGAGAUACACUAUACGCAUUUAAUUCAUUAUUGGGUGGCCCAUGCUUAUAAUUUGCCUUCCGGAUUGUGAUAAAUUAGUGAAAAUAAUUGUAACUUAGAAAAAGAUUUAUUUAGAAUUAAAUCAUUUAUUUUUAUACUUUAAAAUCUGUGGAUGAAACUAUUUAAUUUUAAAAACAUCUCCUAAGAGGCAUUAGUGUUUCUUAAUCAUUAGUGUCUUUUUCCUUUUGCCAGUCUUUCCCAGUGAAAUGGUAAAUUCUGGUGUUUGCACAGUAUUUUUUACUUGUUUUAAGAUAUGAGAUUGUAAGCAGAUUGCUUGCUCUAUUUUCAUCAAUGUCUCCCAAUUAAAUAAAUUCACCCUAAAGCAUCAA